AUGAUUUGGAGUCGUCAAUUCCUUUGUUGGGUACCACUGCUUCUUCUUUUGGUCGAAGAUGCCAAAGCAUCCAAUUCAGCCUCUGGUUUCGUACAAAAUGUUAUCUACUCCAACAGGAUCGUCAUCUUCUCCAAAUCCUACUUCCCGUUUUCAGUAAGAGCUAAACGAAUCUUGAAGAAAUUAAAUGAGAAACCGUUUAUCGUGGAACUUGAUCUUCGAGAUGAUGGCUCCCAAAUUCAGGACGUUCUACUGGAAGAAGUAGGUCGUCGAACUGUCCCUCAAGUGUUUGUGAACGGGAAGCAUAUCGGUGGCUCUGAUGAUCUUAGCUCGUCUCUCAGUCUCAGGAGUGGUCAAUUACAGAAGCUUCUUGCCAACGACUGA